CUACUCUUUCUCUCUUAAGCAAUGAAAGCUCUAUCCUUUGUUUCAAUUCUAAGUGCUAUCAGUCUAAUACUUCCCAAUGCAGUCAGUGCUCAGUUAAGCAAUAAUGAUUCACCUUUUCACUGGCUCGACAAACAAAGUAUCAUUUCACCUUUCGCACAGUCAGGCAAAAUGGAACAAAUAGGUAGAACUGGUGUAGCUGCUAUGCAUGCCGUCCUUCUCAACUCAAAAACUAUUCUAGUUAUUGACAAAGCCGAAUGGAACGAAGCUCAGUUUGAUUCAGGUCAAAGCGCAUUUUCAGUUCAAUAUGAUAUUGAAUCCAACACAUAUCGUCCCUUGCCACUUGAAACAAACACAUUCUGUUCAGCAGGUGGUUUCUUGGCUAAUGGUACUUUUAUUAGCACCGGUGGUGGUGAGAAGCGAGGUCGCGACUGGAAGGCAGAACCUGGUUGGCAAUCGAUUAGACACUUCCAACCAUGUGUCGACAACACAUGUCUUUGGAAUGAAUACAAGACUGGGAAAAUGACAGAAAAUCGUUGGUAUCCUACUGUCGAACAACUACCUGAAGGUGACCUCUUUAUCAUUGGUGGAUCUACCAAGGGUGCAGCUGUUAACCGAGCAGAAAUUAAUGUCCCCUCUUAUGAAUUCUGGCCUCCUCGUCCUGAAGGAGAAGUUCCUUUCAAGUUUUUGAACGAAACAAUGCCAUACAACUUGUAUCCUUUUGUCUUUGUCUUGCCUGAUGGCAAUCUCUUUAUUUUUGCAAACAAAAAGUCUAUUAUUUAUGAUUACAACAACCAAAAAAUUGUAAAAGAACUACCCAAGAUUCCCGGUAAUCCUCGUUCGUAUCCCUUAACUUCUGGUGCUAUUAUGCUCCCUCUUGAUCCAAAGAACAAUUAUAAUGUUGAGAUCCUUAUUUGUGGUGGUUCUGAGCGUAUGAAGAACAAUGCUGUUGCUGAUGAUACCUGCGGUAGAAUCAAUUUGGGCGAUGAAAAUCCUCAAUGGAAGAUGGAGACAUUUGUUCAUAAGCGUUUGAUGCCUGACGGCCUCAUCAUGGCUGAUGGUAAUCUUCUCUGGGUAAAUGGCUGUCAACGUGGCUGGGCUGGCUAUAAUGGCCGUAACCAUGAUCCUACCUUUGAUCCUCUUAUUUACACUCCUAACGCUCCUGCUGGCAAGCGAUGGACACAAAACUUGGCCAGUACUGAUAUUGCUCGUAUGUAUCACUCUGUUGCUCUCACUUUACCUGAUGGUCGUAUCUGGAUUGCUGGUUCCAACAAUGUAGACCCUCCAGAUAUCAAUGCUGAAUAUCCUACUGAAUUCCGUGUUGAAUACUUUUCUCCUCCUUACUUGUUUAAGACAGCUACUCGACCCAAAAUCUCACAUGUACCUCGCGUAGUCACCUAUGGUGAGACGUUUGAUAUUCUUUUGAACUUGGACGGUUUAGCUCAAUCUAAAGAAGAUGCUUCCAAGAUUCGUGUUGGUCUGCUUCGAACUGGUUUCAGUACACACUCUCAACACAUGUCUCAACGUUAUGUCUUCUUGGAACAUGAAGUUUCUGAAGAUUUACAGACCUUGAAGAUCACUGCUCCUCCUCGUGCACCCAUUUUUCCACCUGGUGGAGGCUUCUUACAUGUCCUGUUUGAUGGCGUCCCUUCAGUAGGCACAGAAAUCUUUGUCGAACAUCAAAUAAGCGAUCUUCAAAUCUAAUACCAAUACAGAGAUCUCUGUUGUACCAUGUAUCACACAUAAUAAUCUCAUUACUCAUUCAUACUUUCUAUCUCAUCAAAUAAACU